AUCCGAAACCACAUCCUUUACCAGGCUGUGAUUCCCAUCUAUGUACCCGCACUACAUCCAAUAGAAUACAAGGUCACUCAAGAAAAUAUUGCACCUGCCAUUUCUUGGUCGCGCUUCGCGAUGAAAAGUCGCUUGUUCUCGUAUUCCAUCCCGUACUCGAGCCUUAAUCACCCUCUCCUCCCACAUACUAGAUGCCCCGAAUCCAGCAUCUGGUCAUGUGUUGCUCUGCUCUAGCUAGGCGGAAGAGAGAGGUCGAUUGUAAGCCCGGCAGGCCGGCGCAACAUAAGCGGCGGAGAAGGCUGAUUCAUGAUCGAUCGAUGAACUAACGAUGCCCCUCUCCGCUCCAACUUGAAUGCGGCGGGACCGUUAAUGCGCGGCGAGGCAAUCGAUGACCGAAGAUUGCCUAAUAAAGGACAAAAGCCAUCCGCGCCCCUAGGUUUGAGUCAUAUUCCCCCUCUCCCAUCUCUGUCAACCUCAAGUUAGCUAUCGAAAGGUACUGACGCGACGUUUUCCAGCGGUCGCCUGGGGCCAGAAACCGAGAUCCACACGCGUCAAGCUCUGCGUGUGUCUCCAGUACCGCCAUGCGACCCAAGUGUGCGUAGCCUUAGCGGACACACCCGCCCCAUGUUGGCCCAGCGUCCAAAUCGCGAUACCACAUGGACACUACCAAGAAGAUGCGAGAAUCCUGGCGGCAUCGGAUGCAAGACUGCUGGAAACUAAGCAGACUAAGCCAGCGCUUGAGCACGGUGUCGGCCAAGCGACUAGGCUGUGGCCAACAACAGCGCCAACUCAUUGUCUCGAAUUCGGCCAAUUGCUCGUUAAUCUUUCCGACAUUCCGUUUGCGUUUCCUUCGCCACGGCAAUCAACCAGUGCAGGAAUCUGCCAAGUCCACCAAGAUUUCUACCAGUCGAUCAACCCCCCGAAUCAUAGGACAUGGUAGCAUCAGCAAAACUGAAAGUUGAGAACCGGCAGAAACAUGCCCCUGGAUCACCGGCAGGAUUAUCAGGAUCUGUCAUAAUUUGGGCGAACUGAUAUCGGGUACCGUUGUCUCGACGCACAUGGCACCGCACUGCAUCCAAGGUUUUCUAAUGCGACUUGCCUCUGUGACUCCCGCGUUUUACUUGGCAGGACAGGGCGGCAUAGCAGCCUACGUAUACGAUCUCGAGUAAGCGUCCAAGAGGGAACAGUCUCUGUACCCUGGGUCGAAUUCGACCGGGCGGUGCUACUACAGACGCAGUCUCCCCGCGCGCUUUAGGAUUCCGAGCGAGCGGACUGGGCAACGCAAACCGCGCCACAAUGUGUCUGCAUGAGCUAACGACUAGAUGCAAGAUAUCAAUCUUGGAAGAUCAAGUUAUUGGAAAUCUUGGUCUCGCCCAACUUGGCGAUAGGCGGCAUACAAUUUCGUCUGUGCGUCGACGACCAGUCCAGUGACGACCGCAUAAAAGAACAGAACACACACGAUAUCUGUUCCUAGUCCAUUCACCAAUUCCACAGUGUCUGCCCAGAGACGGAUGCUAUCAUGAGCUCCGAUUGAGGAAUGAGGCGGACUUUUCAUGAGAACCCUGCCGUCCCAUCUUCUGGUUUGCGGGAGAGGCACGGGCACACAGACCACACACUAUGGGAUCGAAGGAGGGCUAAUGCAGGUGCUCUCAGCGCGAUCCGUUCGCCGGAUAAUGGGCAAGUGGGAUUGGUCGAACAACUCGAUUACUCUUCCGGCCCGCAGUUCUGGCAGGGGUCAUCGGAAAGCUUACAUGAUGCCGGGUGAGCUUAAUCAACGUCCCCUGGACCAACAUUCCUCAGAACGCAGACAGACAUCGUCAACGUCAUGAUUGUGAACCCCGAAGCGCAAGAGUCACCGGAACGAUGGGGGUUUCUGGAGGUCCAGACUCCCACGGCAUGCACAUCCACGUAGAAUUCUUCAGCUGUGCUAGGGUCGUUGUCCCUCGUUCAACAUACGCGCUUGGACGGUUGCGGAUAAUCGACAACAGGUCAAUACUUUUAUAGUGGGAAAUACCAACCGCUACCGACCGACGACUAACCAGCUCUAGCCCGUCUUUGUUUGGUCGAAUCAUGACUAGCAACUGCGCCCUGGGUCACUAGAGGGCAGAGGAAAGCAAGCUAACCCGAGCGUCCCAAUUCGCUAGGAUGGGAGACGCCUCACGCCAAAGACGCCAUGGCGGCUGGCUGGUGAUCGCUGGACUGGACUGACAUGACAUGACAGCUGGCCCUCCUGCCAGAGAUGCAGGUACAACACGGCCCAGGCGGACAUCAACCCGACGCAGCGAGGCCGGUCUCUUGACCAGUUUCGCUUCACUCGCCGAUGUUUUUCAAUGUCAUGUCCGCAUCCUUGCCUGAUCCGGGGGUGCGAGACACCAACAGCGCGUCGGCGUAGACGGCGUCUUGGCUGCGUUUGGAAGCUCUGAGUAGAUUGUCUGGCUGGACCUUGUCCAUUCCGUCCAUCGUUUUGCUGCCAAACCGGCGGCCUGGCCGGGCGUGCAUUUUCUCCGUGUUCUCUUAUAAAGAACGCCAUCCUCUCUCAUGCUGCUAGCUUUCCGCCUGAUUCCCGAUGUGUUUCUGCUAGAAUAUCCAUAGCCCACCCACACGCUCUGCUUACUGCCGCAUCGAAGUUUUACGACCCCCCGAUUCCGACUACUGUCGCCAACACUCCGAGACCCCCCUCCCACCAUCUCACCACCGACGUCCGAGCCACGAUGAAGUACACCAUCGUCGUCUCUCUCCUCGUCGCCAGCGUGGCCGCGCAGACGAUCGACCAGCUUGUCGAAGAGAUCCCUACCUGCGCUGUCACCUGUAUCCGCGAUGGAGCCCAGGCGGUCAACUGCGACGUCACAGAUUUCACGUGCUCGUGCUCAAAGGUCGGGGAGCUGACUUCCUCCGUCGUCCCCUGCCUCGCCACGUCCGGUUGCAACUCCUCGGAUCAAGCCAGUCCUCCAGCUCGCAACCCAGAUCUGCGCCAUGGUCGGCGAGGGCGGGCAAGUCUCUGCCGCCGCCACGACCGGCACCGCUACCACGACCUCCGCCCGCACCGCCACGGGGGCCGCCGCCGUCACCUCCAGCACGGCACCUAGCGCCGCCGACAGACUGCAGGCCGCCGGUUGGGCCGGCGCCAUCGCCGCCGCCGCCGCCUUUGCCCUCUAAGUCCCGCCGACGAUGGAGUUCCAUCAUCCCACCGGGCUUUGCUCAGCUACCUACUCUUUGUAUUUUUCUUAAUAUUCAGAUUAUCUUGAACGCCCCCACAGUUUUGCAUCAAGGCCGGCUAGGAGGAAGGGAAGGACAAUGUUUUUGGUGUCGCGGAGUUUAGCGUGAAAGAAAAAGAAAAAAAAGAAGAGAAAUAACUACCGCCAGAGUGACUCCUUGAGGAUCAUACUCGUUCUAUUGUUUAUGCGCAUGCAUGCCUAGCCCUAUAACCAGAUCUUCAGUGUGACACCUGUCUAUCCCAAAGCUCCUUCCCACACACCCCUAUUGAUCUUUCUAACGGUGUGUAUGUAUGUAGGUCUAAUAUUCUAUCCAGGCAGGUAAUUCCAUCUAUCGGGUAUCAUCGUCUCUUGACCUACCACACCAACUACCAAACCCCCAAGCCCCU